GAGCAGUACUGUAGCAGCCAGAGUGUGAGGCGGUUGCGCCCAACGUGAUCACGCGCGAGAGUUGCUUUGGAGCCAUUUAAUCUCAAAUUCAAGAAAAAAGGAACAAAGUGACACCCCGAGGACCUUCUGUGGUCCACAUGUGUGUGUGUGGGGGAGGAAGUGGCGCCUGAUUUUGUGAAUUUUCUCGUGAAAGAAUGACGCUUGGGGUGGUUAAAUAGCUGGCGGUCGCAUCUCUCUGGCUCUUUCGACAUCGACACCACCAAAAGAAGUUUUUUUUUUUAUUUUAUUUACAUUCAAAACGACCUUUUCCUCACACAAGAAAAGAUAAAUCUCAGUGGAGUUUUCAGUGCGCUCUCAAGGAGGAGUUUGUGUGCGUGUGGAUUAAAGUGCUAGUUUUUUCUUCAUCUUUUUUUUACAAUCUGUGAUACAACUCCCUAUGAUUUGUUCAUUUUAAUCAUUUCCUAGGAUUUAUUGGAUACGAAAAUUGAGCAAUUAUGGCGCUUAGUUACUAUGCUGUAUUUCAAUUAAUUACAAUCGCCACUUUCACACAGACAGCACAACUGCCACCCACAAUAAAGCCUCUCGUGAUGGACAGAGAGCCCACAGUGCGGAUUCAGUGUCUAUCCGGUUCAAUGAUUAUCACAGUCAAAGAUCCACCCCUAAACACUGAUGGCCUCUUUACGGGCAUGAUCUACCCCAAGGGACUAUCCAAGAACUCAACGUGCCUAUCGGAAUACAGAAAUCACGACGGUCCAUUGAAGUACAAACUACCACUGCGAAGCUGCAAUACGAUGCCACAAGAAAAUGAUGACGGUGGUAUUGAGUUCUUCAAUACCAUUGUGCUGCAGCCGCAUUUGAAAUUGGUCACCGACCUGGGACGAGGGUACCAUGUCCGCUGUCGCUACAAGAGCAGAGAAGCUGCCACAAAGCCCACAAUUGCAGCCAAAUUGGCCAAUCCUCAGGCUUAUUCUAGCGAUGAGAUUGCCGAUCGUAGUCAAUACGCCCGAUCUCUGGACAAUGGGGAUGAUUCUAGGAAUGAAAUCCCUAUGCCUGGCUGCCAUAUGAAGAUAUUUUCUGGAGGUAGCAUAGCUGAGAAUGUGAAGAUCGGCGAUCCUCUUACGUUGAUCGUCAACAUUGAUCGUCAGGAUGUUUAUGGGCUGCACGUAACAGAUUGUCUUGUCAGAGAUGGUCUAGGCUGGGGUGAACAGCGCCUCGUUGGCACAGAUGGCUGUCCUACGGAUGGGGAAAUCAUGGGACCAUUUGAGUACUCUUCCGAUCGUGCAAGUGCCAAAGUCACCUUCCCAGCUCACAAAUUCCCUUACACUGCUUCAGUCUACUACCAGUGCAACGUCCGUCUUUGUGCUCUUGUUGAUCCUGAAUGCCAACAAGCUCCAACCUGUAGUUCAAGGAGACCCAAACGACAAACCGACGGGAAGGUGGAGGAAGAUGAAGGUCAUCCGGCAACGAUUGAAGUCUACUCUGGACUGUACGUUAAUGAGAACGCCGAAGUGAUUGACGGAGAUGACGAAGUCCUCAAGGAAAAGACGCCCGAUGAUGCCAUUUGCGUAUCGCAACGAAACUUCGCAAUCGCCAUUGCUGUUGCUGGUUUGAUUCUCAUGCUAGCCGUUAUCGCUGCUGUGCUCAUUAUCAUGGCACGUCGACGCGGAAAGACGAUUUCCAAUUCGGGCAGCUCUAUCUACAGCGGUCCCUACACGAAUACAGCCUUCUCGCACAGCAGCUAAAGGCUGUGCCGUUCAGGUGCCAAGAAAGACUCCACACAGCAACGAAUUCUAGAUCCGAAGUAGAUCAACAGAGUCACUUAGUGAUAACCCCCCAAUUAGCUUCUAGGUCUCAUUUUAAGUCCUAUAAAUAAGGCUGAUGUUACUUAGCAAUUCCCAAACAGUCAGAAACUUCGCGGAAUUGCUUCCUAAUGUCGCAGAGAUUUUCCAUGGGGGAUGAAAGGGCGCGUGGUUGUCAUCUCUUUCCCCAUGAAAAUCUCCAAUUUAAAACUCUACGUUUAGCAACUAAUCGGUGGUGGACCCUCUAUUCGAUCUUCUCUCAUUGUAAAUUAACAUCUCGGAAGCUCCAUCGUGGAUGUGAAUGGAUUGUUUCACAGAAUUGUUACGUACCAAGGGUAUGAAAACACUUCUCUGGAACUCUCUAUGGGGGCUCCCGAGAGCACACACAUGAUGUGUUUAGUCUCCUUUUAAAAUAAGAGAUAUACUAAGCGAAGAUCAAUGUAACGACUCUCGUCAAAUUAAUUUAUACAAGUAAGCUGUACGACAUUGUAAAACGAUGAAUAAUGCAAUAAUUUGAAUAAAAUUGUCCUUAAUAUUUUUAAAAAA